UCUCAGAGACUCCAGAACAUAUUAUUUCCAAACCGUCUCGUUGUCUUUCAGCGACAUCAGUCCGUGAAGUCGUCUGACCAUUCAGAGACUCUAAAGCGUCUUUAGAGCAGCCACAGCCAAUCAGGAGGCAGCGAGUCUUUGUUACUUCAGGGAGUCCCACUAGAAAUUCUGGCCAAUCAGAGAACAUUGUCCUCGUACAUCACACUUUCUAGUCCGCUUGUAAACGUCCCCGUGUGAACACAGAACAAACUCGAGGUCAUUAUGUAACAAAGUGGUCCAUGAUUCAGACCAAAGCAAACGAUCUACAGGUGUGUGAUGUAUCAAAGGGGCGUAAAGAUGGCUGCUGUUGGGGAACCUCAGUCUGCUUUAUUGGGUGUCUUUGACUUCUGCUUUUGUUGCCGUGGUAACAGGUGUUUAUAUCGAUUGCUUGUUCCAGGAUCAGAUCAAGUUAUAAAAUCUGUUCAGUUAUUGUGGAUGUCAUAAAUUCACGGGAAGGAAACUGUCAUGACCUUUGUUUUCUUUGUUCACAGAGCGAAACGCGUCGACCAAUCUCGUCUAGCAGCUCGCCAGCCUCCUCUGUGAGCGUGUGUGUGUCUGUCUGUGUAAGUGUGUGUGUGAGGUCAUGUCAGGCAUGACCAGCGGCGUGUGUGUGGAGAGCGACCUCUCCUCGAUGCUCCAGAGAAGCUCCGCCUCCUCCCACCAUCACCCAAAUCACCACGGUUACAGCGGACAGGGACAGGUGACGGGUCUCGCUCCAAUGUUGGACUACACCUCAGAGAUGGAUCGUUAUCGUUCGUCCAUCGCCAGUUUUUAUAAGACGAACGUCAACAUGAACAUGAAUGUCACAAACUUUCCUCAGUCCGCCAAACUGGCGGCCCGUUUGGCGGCCGCCGCCCCCAUCUUUCCUCCUUCAGCCGCCAGGCUGGGCGCCAUGGCGACCGGACCCUGGGGCUGCCACGAAAACAUGAACCACCCGGCAGCCAUGUUCUGGGGCCGACCCAAACCCGUAGCGACGGCGCCUACGCAUCACCACCACCACCACCACCAUCACCCGACGGCAACAACGGGUCAUAUGACCUCCUCCCACCCCACGGGAACAUCACAUCAUCACGCCAUGGCGCAUAGCAACGGGAACUUCCUGCCGGGUUACGGAAGCGGCGCGGACUGUGGCGUUAUGAACAAACAAGGACACGCCCACCCAGACAUGAUGGGCCUAUCAGACGGGGUCAUUGUCAUGGCAAUGGGGUCAGCAGGGGGCGGGAUAACGGAUGCCGGCAGCGCCUUCCAGAUGACGAGCGGCCAGCGGGCGCUAACGGACUGCCAGCAGCACGCAAACUCCUCCCCCUGCCCGUCCUCCUCCUCACCGUCAUCGUCAGGGGUGACGGCAGGAGGCGUGGCCUUGUCAUCGUCGUCCUCCUCGUCGUCGGGUGCGGUGGCGAAAAGGAAGAGGAAGCGGUGUGGCGUGUGCGGGCCGUGCAGGCGACUCAUCAACUGCGGCGUCUGCUCGUCCUGCCGCAACAGGAAGACGGGUCACCAGAUCUGCAAGUUCAGGAAGUGUGAAGAGCUGAAGAAGAAACCAGGGGAGGAGGGGGGGUGCUGGAGGUGA